AUGUCCAGUGUUGAACAACCAAGUACCCAAGAGAAUGGGUCUACACCUGUAAUAGACAACCAACAUUCCAUAGAAUCACAUCAACAUCAACAACAACAGCAGCAGCAGCAGCAGCAGCAACCUGAAUCUACACAAGAAACCCAAGAACAAAAACCAAAUGUAGUUGAUAUUGAGCAAUUACAAAAAGAGUUUCAAGAGAAAUCUCGUAAAUAUCUUGUUGAACAAACACAGCAUGUAAUUAUCCCAUCAUUUGCCAAAUGGUUCAACAUAAAUCAAAUUCAUCCUUUAGAAAAGAAAUCCUUUCCUGAUUUCUUCAGUGAAGAUUCAAUAUACAAGACUCCUCAAUCAUUCAAGUAUAUUCGAGAUUUCAUCAUAAAUACAUUUCGUUUAAAUCCCAAGGAAUAUUUGACUAUAACUGCCAUUAGAAGAAAUUUGGCGGGUGAUGUUACAAAUAUCAUUCGUAUUCAUCAAUUUUUGGAGCAAUGGGGAUUAAUUAAUUAUCAAAUCGAUCCAAAGACUAAAUCAACUAUAUUGGGACCACAAUAUACCGGACAUUUUCAAAUUACUUUGGAUGCGCCAGAUGGAUUGGUUCCAUAUGUACUGGAAGAUGCGAAAUUAAUCGACCAAAAGGCAACUUCUGUUACAGGUGAAGAUGAAGGCGAAGGAACGAAGCAAGCGGAGUCUAUUUCAGAUGUCACUGUCAAGAAAGAGUCAUCAUCUACUGAGACUCCCUUGUCAUUGAAUAUGGAAAUUAGAAGAAAUGUUUACUCGACGGGUGAAACCAAAUUUGAUUUCAAACCUCAACAUAAGGUUUCAUAUUCAUGUAGUAUUUGUGGUAAAGAUGCAACAGAAAUCAGGUACCACAAUUUAAAACUCAAAUCAUACUCAUAUAACCCCAAUUCAACCAUAAACAAUGCCAGUAUAUUAUGUUCAAUAUGUUAUGAUCAAGGUUUAUUCCCCCUGAAUUUUACAUCAUCUGAUUUCGUUCAAUUUAAGCAAUUGACUGAGAGUGAAAUCUGGAGUGAACAAGAGAUUUUAUUGUUAUUGGAGGGUAUUGAAAUGUUUGGCACAUUUGAAUCAACAAAUAAUUUAAUCACUGCAGGAUCAAAUAUUAAUAUCAAUGCCCAAAAUCAAUGGAAUAAGAUUGCUGAACAUGUUGCUACAAAAACUAAAGAACAAUGCUUGAAGAAAUUUUUACAAUUGCCCAUUGAGGAUAAAUUCUUACAUAAAUUAAUCUCGGAAAACUCACAACAAAAAGAGUUGCAACUGAGUGGACACGAAUUGGAUAAAGCUAAUUUAGUUGAGGAAAUCGUUCAAAAAUUAAUCCAAUCCAAUCAAGGACAAGAUCUAAUCAAACAAAAUGCGACUGAAUACACUAGUCAAUCAAAUGCUGAACAAUUUCAAUUAAUUAAUCAAAUAAUCGACUUGACGGUUGAAAAAGUUAAUUUAAAACUAGGCAAAAUUGAUCAAUUACAAACUCAAUUAAUUUCAAUAACCAAUCAAUUACAGUCGGAACGUAAGCAGUUACAAUUGACCAGAUGGGUACAAUUGAACAAGAUUAAUAAAUUGAAACAAGAAAGACCUGAUUUGAGUGAUGUAUUGUCAGAUUUAAUGAAGCCUGUAAAAAUUAGUGAUAUAAACUCAAGUGCCAUCGGUGCUGAUGAACAAGGUAAAAAAGAAGGUGAUGAUAAUGCAAUGGAUGUGGAUGCCGGUGUUGACCUGGAUAAAGCUGCUAAAGAUGAUGAAUCUGUUCCAAUUAGUGUUUCAAGACCAAAAGAAUAUCAAUUCUGGUCCGGUUGA